AUGACAUCAGAGAUUCCAACCUUCCUGAUUGGAAGGACUGGACUCCAUGGGCAUCUGGGAGCUCAAGUGGACAACUGCAUCUUCUCAGAGCUGUUCUCCACUCCUGACUUCUCUCAGCCUCGAGAAUUGAUAACACACCUUCUGGGUCCUAGCAGAGUCCAGAAGAAGGCCUUGGAUAGAACAGAGACUAGGUUCCGUGGGUUGGGACAGAUUUUGGGAAAGAUCAUGACCAGCCAUCAACCGCACCCCCAGGAUGAGGAGCAGAACCCCCAGCUGAGCACCUCAGGGUACCCCCUCCAGGAGGUGGUGGAUGAUGAAGUGUCGGGACCAUCAGCCCCUGGGGUAGAUCCCAGCCUCCCAUGUAGGUCCCUUUGCUGGAAAAGGAAGAGGGAGUGGUCGGACCAAUCUGAGGAGUCAUUGGAGGAGGCGCCAGAGAAGGAGCUCGCCCCUGAGCCUGAGGAGACCUGGGUGGCGGAGACGCUGUGUGGGCUCAACAUGAAGCUGAAGCGGAAGCAACGGCUAGUGUCAUUCGUGCUCCCUGAGCACCAUGAGGACUUCAACAGGCUGCUUGCCCCUGGGGUAGAUCCCAGCCCCCUGUGUAGGUCCCUUUGCUGGAAAAGGAAGAGGGAGUGGUCGGACGAAUCUGAGGAUUCAUCAGAGGAGGAGCCAGAGAAGGAGCUCGCCCCUGAGCCUGAGGAGACCUGGGUGGCGGAGACGCUGUGUGGGCUCAAGAUGAAGCUGAAGUGAUGGCGAGUGUCACCCGUGCUCCCUGAGCACCACGAGACUUUCAACAGGCUGCUUGAGGAUCCUGUCAUUAAAAGCUUCCUCGCCUGGGACAAAGAUUUGAGGUUGUCAGACAAGGUAAGGUUGUUCUCCACGGAACCGUGUUCCUGCUUCAAUGCACCGCCAGGGGGAGGGUGCAGCUUCUAAACCCACAGUUCCUCUCUUCUCUCCCUCCAGCACUUCCCACCAGAUGCUCCCACAGUCUUCUUUUCUUUU